UGUCAAGUGGCCAGCUCUGUGACGAGCAGCAAGCAGUGUGGUGUGCCGUGCCGAAAACGCCCCAGCAGUGUGUUGUUAGUGAUUCGACCGCCGCCUGCCUUCCCGUGGGAUCGCAAUCGGGGAAGGCUGCGAGUGGAAAACCGGUGCGAAGCGGCAGCUUUUCUGCCAGUGUUUUCAUUGAGUCGGGAUAUGCGUCAUUUACGCAGCCCCCCUGACCGGCAAGCCGGUCUCUGAAUUUGUGAGAGAGUAAUGCCGCGCAUAGCGCGGCGCUAGCCAAGGUGUUCACCAUCAGCACCACGGAGGCGGUGGGUCGCUCCGCCGCCAGCCACCCCUUGGGGCCGGGCCGGCCAGCGCAGCCCGCCGCCACCAACGCCACCUUCAUGGUGCAGCCGGGCAGCAACAACAACUACACCACCGCCGACAUGGAGUCCCUGGACGAGCUGCUCAACAAGCUGGCGGAGCUGGAGCAGCGCGUCGUCGAGGCGGAAGGGAGGGCGGUGGAGGCGGAGGACAAGGUUCGGAUCAUGGAGCAGCGCUUGGCGCAGCGCCUGGUGCAGGGGCAGGACUGGGAGUCGGGCACCAACGCCGUGCAUGAGAAGGACCAGGCCAUCAACAAGCUCGAGACCCAGGUGGAGGAGCAGCGCCAGCUCCGACUGCAGGAGGCCAAGCAGGUGGAGGCCAAGGCGGCGCGGAUCAAGGAGUGGGUCACCAACAAGCUGCGCGAGCUGGAGGAGCAGAACCAGCUGCUGCGGGAGCAGAACCAGAAGUGCAACCACCAGCUCGAGCUGCUGCGCAACCACCUGGCGCAGACGUCCUCUGUGGCGGCCACCUUCCGAGACCGGCCGGGCGCUAGCCCCUCGCGGGCCAGCCUCUGCCUGGACGCGGGCGCCGAGGACGGCCGGGGGUCGCGGCCCAUGUCAUCGUCCCCCGCGUCGCUGCUGAUCGCCAACGCGCUCAACAGACGGCGGUCGGACAGCGGCGGAUCCAGCAGAUGUGGGAGGCAGUCCCCACGCCGCUCUCCACAAGUGACGCGACGCGCCGGUGGGCCGCUCAGUGCGGUGGAAACGGAGUCUGUGGAGGAGUCGGCGCCCGCCUCCCUCCCGGUGGAGCCGCUGUACUCCGAGGUGGACCCGCUGCACAAGAGGGCGGCCAAGCAGCUCCACCACCGGCGGCAGCUCUCCGCCAGCGCCGCCAUGCCGCAGCACAGGACCACCAUGGACUCGACGGACUCGUCCAGGAUGCUGUCGCAGGACCUGAGCUCGGCCGUGGACGGCCUGGCCAUCCAGCCGUCCGGGCGGAACCACGAGGCGCACGUCGACGACAUGUCGCACGACUACGCCGAGAUCUACACCCCGAGCCGGGAGCGCAGUCCGUGGGUCGCCGCCGCGGACGGCAGCACCAGCAGCGGCUCCGCGUCCGGCCGCUCCACCCCCAAGCCGCCCACGCCGCCGCUGCACCGGUUCCCCUCCUGGGAGUCACGAAUCUACCAGGUCGCCGCCGAGGGCCUGCAAGUCCACUCUAGCUGUAGUAAUCCAAAUUCAAACGACUCUACCAAUAAUAAUAGCAAAAUCCCUUCGGGGUACUGUGAUAUAAGUGUUCCUGUUUACGCCACUGUGAAAGGGAGAGCCAGUCAGAUCCGGUCCAUGCCGUUCACGGGGGAUUCCUCGGACGAUUCUUCGGACGGUGAGGGCGAGCACAAUCACUUGAUGGUGCAAAGUGGUGGCGGGAGCAGUGGCGUGGGCGGUGGAGGGUUGCACGCGAUAGGGCACGAGGGACGGGCCACCAAUAGUUCUAGUGAAAACACAGAAUCGUCAAUAUCCGGCGGAUCUGGUUCAAGUCCAAGUAAGAGUCUAAAGACUACGUCGAGCCUGUCGCCGGCCAAACAGAGCUCUUCGUGCUCGCCCUCUAAGAGCAUAAGGAGAGACACGUCCCUGGAGUCCGGCCUCUCUGAGGACUACGCCAUACCGCCCGACGCCUUCUCAGGGUGCGAAACGUCCAGCAUAGAUUCUUCCAUGCCGUCUCUCUUGAUGCGGGUGUCCUCGUACGCGGACAACACCUUGGGGAAGAUACCUCAGCCGUCCUACCCCAGCAUCCAGAGAGCUACCGAGUCCCUGGAAAAGUCGGGCCACCUAGCGAAGCUGGGCGGGAAGUUGAAAACAUGGAGAAAGAGGUGGUUCGUGCUGAAGAAUGGGAUACUCACGUACUGGAAGUCGCAGAGCGACGUUAAUAGGAAACCACAGGGCCAAAUAGUCCUGGAUGAAAUUUGUAGGAUAAACCGUGCGGACGGUGCAGCAACCUUCGAGAUCUCGACUGGAAAGAAAACCUAUUAUCUAACUGCGGAUUCAAUCGCCACCAUGGAGGACUGGAUCCGAAUUCUUCAGAACGUCCAAAGGAGGAACGCCGCGAAGCUGCUCCUCUCGAAGGACGACAACAAGCCGACCAUCCAGGGCUGGCUGACCAAAGUGAAAAACGGCCACGCUCGGAAGUGCUGGUGUGUCCUGCUAGGAAAAAUGUUUUUGUAUUUCAAAAUACCCAGUGAUAUUAAUCCCAUCGGCCAAAUCAACAUGAGGGACGCGCGGGUGGAGGAGGUGGACCACGUCUCGGACUCGGACUCGGAGGAGCAGGACACAGAGGCCUCCGAAAUGACGAUAGGAAUUUUCCCGACUCACCAGGGACCAACGUAUUUACUGAUGCCGUCCAAGCAGGAGAAGGACACCUGGCUGUACCACCUGACUGUCGUGUCCGGAGGGGGUCCGAACGCCGGGACGCAGUACGAGCAAAUAGUGCAGAAACUCAUGGAAACGGACGGUGAUGCCAACAACGUGCUGUGGAGGCAUCCCCUCCUGCUGCACAGCAAAGAGCCUAUCAACUCGCCGCUCACCACUUUGCACUCGGCGUCCCUCCAGGCCGAGGCGAUCAAACUGUUCAAGUGCUGCCAACUGUUCAUCUCGGUGGCACUGGAGCAGGCGGGCAUCGACUACCACGUGGUGCUGGCCCAGAACGCCCUGCAGCAGUGCCUGGACAUGCCGGACCUGCAGAACGAGCUGCUGUGCGCGCUCGUCAAGCAGACGAGCCGGCAUGUGCACCACAAGGGAGGGGUGCAGGUAAACCGGAGUCUCAGCAAGCUUAAGCAUUCGCGUCAAUCCCAGAAAACUCGGGCAAUAAUUCGUGCGCUCAGAAAUCAAUUGCUGUUGUGCGCAACCCAGAGCCUCUUCACAUGCGACUCGUCCUCCGCGGCGUCCAACUCCCCCGUGGGGAAUGGUGCCGGCAUCCUGAACCACCUCCAGCAGGAGCAGCACGUCAAGGCGUCCGCCUCACCCCCGCCUACCCGCCACCAGGCUCAGUCCAUCGUGUCCGUCUCCAAGGACGCGCACUCCUCGGCAGACCGGGCGGCGGACAAGGCGGGCCACAACGCGUCGGGCCAGGGCUCGUCCGCGCUGGACUGCAAGAUCAACCCGCCGCCCUUCGUGUUCGUGCAGGGCUGGCAACUGCUGGCCCUCGCCGUGUCCCUCUUCGUGCCCAAGAACAACAAGCUGCUCUGGUACCUCAAGCUGCACCUCCGGAGGAACGCCGACACCAAGACUGAAUGCGGCAAGUACGCGGCCUACUGCGAGCGCGCGCUCGAGAGAACCAUCCAGAACGGAAGCCGGGAAGCCAAGCCGUCGCGAAUGGAGGUGCUGUCUAUCCUGUUAAAGAAUCCGUACCACCACUCGCUGCCCCACGCCAUCCCCGUCCACAUGCUGAACGGCGCCUACCAGGUUGUUAGUUUUGACGGCUCGACGACAAUAGAAGAAUUCCUGUGUACUCUGAGUCAGGAAAUAGGCUGCCGAGACUCGUCGCACUCCGGGUUCACUCUGUUCAGCGACGAUCCUAUCGAAAAGGACCUGGAGCAUUUCGUAGAACUGAAUGCUAAGCUCUGCGACGUGAUUUCCAAAUGGGAGACCGCACUUCGAGAAAAGGGGUCAGGCAAAUUCGAAAACACCCGGGUCAUUCAGUUGACGUUCAAGAAUCGCCUGUACUACCGGUCAUCCGCGCAGCGGGAGACUGACAGGGAAAGACUGCUGCUCUGCUACCAGAUCAACCAGCAGGUCGUGCAAGGCCGGUUCCCCUUGAAUCGGGAGCUGGCCCUGGAACUGGCCUCCCUGAUGGCACAGAUCGACGUUGGCGAGUUCAACCCGGACAAGGGACGCGGCAGUGGAGGCAACAACGCCCACCACGUACUUCAGGCCCUGGACAAGUUCUACCCCUACCGCUACCGCGACGGCCUCACGCAGGACGGACUCAAGGAUUUGCAAGAUAGACUGAUUGAAAAGUGGACAACCCUGAAGGGCAGAAACACCACCGACUGCGUGAGGAUUUAUUUAACGUGUACUCGGAAGUGGCCGUACUUCGGAGCCGGGCUUUUCCAGGCCAGGUUCCGACAGGCCGAACCGGCCGUGGUGUGGCUGGCCGUGGCGGAGGACAGCAUCACGCUCUUGGAGCUCGGCACGAUGCAGGCCCUGGCCCGCUACGCCUACACCUCGGUCGUCACCUUCGGCGGCUGCCAGGAGGACUUCAUGCUAGUCGUCUCCAGUGACGACGCGGUCGGCUCGCAGAAACUGCUCUUCUCUCUGAGCAAGCCGAAGAUUCUGGAGCUGACGCUGCUCAUCGCCGACUACAUGAACGCCAUGGGCCGCGCGCUGCCGGGGACGCCGCAGAUGGGGUCUCUGACAAGGAACAGCUCGCACCGGUCGCUGCGGUCCAGGGCGGCGGGCCCCCAGGUGGCCACCAACUCGAUCGGGCCCUCCACCGCCAUCAACACGCUCUCGUCCAUCGGGUCGCACGCCACGCACACCCUGCACGGCACCUUGUCGUCGCAGGGACACACGACGCUGUCCUCGCUCGGCACGCUGGGCACCCUGGGCACGCUGGGCAGCCACCACCCCCUCUCCGGCAACACCACCCUGUCGUCCGUGGGCAGCCACGGACUGCAUCUGAGUCACGGCCACGGCGGCCACGGUCCGUCCAGCCUGACGCACCAGCAGCCGGACAUCCUCAAGUCCACGCCGGACCACUCGCCCGGCGGCCUGCACCGCUCGGACUCGAAGAAGAGGCACCAGCUGGACGGAGGGCUCACAUGAUGUCUACCAGCAUCUCUGCCAGGCAAGGAGACUGAGUGCUGAGCCUGGCGGAGGUGCUGGUGGAAAGAAGGGCCUGUGAGAUGUGGGGACCGGGAAUGGUCGUUUUCCUUCCUGCAGACUGAUUCUGUCCCUCUCGCGCGCAUGCGGAACGCCCCAUGAGUGCGAGAGAGACAGAGCGACGGAAACGAUUCUCGGAAUCAGUCUGCGCUGUGUUUCUUGUAGCGGUAACCGUUUGUGUGGUGAUCUCUUAGUCCAAUUAGGUUUAGUAGGACCAUGUGACCAACUGGAGUGAAGGCGCUCCUUCUGUACUGUAUCAAUUUGCCAAGCCAAGUUACAGAUAUUACAGGCGUUUAAGCCAUGCGAAUGAACUACACAGUAAAAAACUGUAUCUUAAAACACUGUGAUUGACACUUACUCUGUAAAAUAGUGUAAAUAUUGUAGACUCUUAUUUGAAGGGCAGCAUCAUAAUACAUGAAUUAACUAAUUUAUUAAGUAGAAAUUGUGUAAGUCUGACACAUUAAACUGACUUUUAGUGACUAAUUUUAGUCAUUUUAUAAUAAGGCAGAAAACUUUAUUUGAGGUCUAGUCGUAUCCGUGUAACAAGCGGUCCCAGUGAGAAAGCUAGCGUUCGGUAACCCCUUUUAACUUGUUUUUUUUUUUUUAAAGAAAAUUAGUUAACACUUGCUAUUUCUUGCUGGGACGCCCAAGCGGGCUAUACUACGCCAAACUAAGCCAAGUCUGUGAAUAGAUUUAUAUAUUGUUAUGAACCGCUAGUCAUCUUUUGGUCAUUAUUUAUUGUAUAUUGCUAGGUUUAUUAUUUUGUCUCUCUAUUAUUUUGAAUCACAUUCAAGUUCAUUUUGUUUUACCUUGUGUACCAUAAAAUGUUCAGCAAUUUUUGAUGUAUGAUAUGAUCACAUUGCAAUGGAAAAUGUGUCAUUGGAAUGUAGAGCAUGUGUCUUUGCGCACACUGAAACCGAGGCUUAAAAUAUUGUCGAAGUAAUUUUAUAAAUUAAAAAAGAUGACCCAUAAUGUUUUGAGUUGUUUUGUAACAUUCAAAAUAUAACUACAAUUCUCAACAAAGAAA